CUGAUUAUACUUUGAAAAUUCAAUCAUUAUGUUUAUUUUUUGGCCCACGUUCCAAAAUAGCUUCAAAACUAGUAACUCCAAAUCUGAAAAUCCCGUUUAAACCCAUUUUCUCUGCGACUAAUUACAGUAGCGCUCCAUCGGUAAAAUGCCGGUGGCUGUACGUCUAGUAGAGGUCUUGACCCUGAUCACCAUUAUGGGUCUAAUUACAUGCAUUGGUCUCAGCGUGAUUUUGGCCCAAAAGACACUCAGUAUGACAAUAACAUUUCUCGAGCCCGCAGCGAAUAUUGCCAAUAUGGUGCUAGUUGUAACCGAGAAAAUACUGGUGUCCUCGCUGCUCUGCGUUUUGAGUCUCACAAAUGCGGUGGGAAAUGCCCUGCAUGUGGCUGGAAUCGCCUGAUGAUCUAUAUCUUACUAUAUAUAUAUCAAACUUUUUCUGAUCAAUGUUAUGUCUCAUAUACUAAUAUAUUGCUCGCCGCACGUUUUAUU